AGGCGGGGUUAAAUGCAGCUAUCCAAUCCAGGAAGUAAUUUAGUGUAGAGACAAAUUGAAAUGGUUCACGACUAACUGGAUGUAAAGAGCUAUACUGGUUUUGUGACCAAAGCUAUAACAUUAUUUAAUAUAAAAUAUCGCUGCAGAAAGAACUGUAUCUUGUGAUGUACGUUAUCACAUAUAGUUGUAAUAUAACCAUUUAGUUAGAUACAGUAGCUACUUUCACACUUGUGCUGGAUCGAUGUAAAAUAGUUCUGCUGGUUUGUGACACAUCGUGCAACUGGGUGCUGAAAAUUACCUCUCUUGGUGAGAUAUAGCAUCGGAAGAACUACAGCUGGACGUUUUAGAAAUUGUUGGACUAUUUUUUUUCCUACCAGUUAGCCAAUAUAUUUGGCAAACGGAUGUGGCUGCCACCUGCUAGCUAACGUUAGCAAUUGCUUGCAGUUAGCUAUUUUCCACUGCAAAUUGGUGACAUGGCCAUGACAUGCUGUUAGCUACUGUAAUCACAGCUGUCAUUUGAAUGUCCACGUUUCCAUGUCAAUGUGAAGUAGCUAUAGUUUGCUAGAGACCCCCCACUCUGGAAUUUGGUCUGGCACUGUUCGCCACCGAGUUCCCGUCCACGCAAGCUAGCUGAUUUGUUGCUACUAUUACUACUUGUCAAGAAUAGGAGGCGGUGGCAGCUUUGGUGGAUACAUUUCUGCCUCAGCUUUAUAGAGAUCACUGCCGAGGUGAAAUACUGCAGUUCAUGUUUCGACAAGAAGUCAGUGUACUGUCUUUUAUUCCGUCUUGUUCCUACCUUUUCCAACACGAGAAGAGGAAUAUGUCUAGAUAUAACAUUUACAGUCUUUUAGACUGGUUGUAUGGCGGCGUGGACCCAAAGUUUGAAGGCAACGGGGGCCCAGAAUGUGCCGCCUUUCUUGCACCGCAACAACGUAUCAGCGAGAGUUUUGUCAUGGUUCUGAUUUCCAUCGUGGAAGUUGUCGUCGCAUUGAGAAAAAUCAACAUUUGUAAAGAACUCAAAGAGAUUGCGAAAGAUGGGCCAAGGACGAAACAGGACAGUUUCGGCAAGAACCUGUUGCUGGUUGCUCUGUGUAUGACGUUUGGAGUAGAGGUCGGAUUCAAAUUCGCCACCAAGACAGUAAUCUACCUACUGAAUCCAUGUCAUGUUAUGACCAUGGUGCAGAUAUUCCUGCUGGCCUGUCCGCCAUGUAAAACAGCCAUGGUCAUCUUUAGGCUUCAGGUCCAUAUGCUGAACGGUGCUUUACUGGCCCUUGUCUUCCCUGUGGUCAACACUAGACUGCUUCCGUUUGAGAAGGAGGUCUACUACAUUCAGCAUUCCAUGCUCUACCUGGUGCCGGUAUACCUCUUCAGGAAAGGAGGUGUGUACAAGCCGGAGCCCUUAGGGGACAUGUGGUGGGCUAUCCUCUCCACUGGCAUCUUGUUCCUCUAUCACUUCCUGUUCCUGCAGGGCCUGGGCCUGAUGACCGAGGUCAACCUGAAUAACAUGUUGUGUCCAGCGGUGUCUGACCCAUUUUACGGGCCUUGGUACCGGGUUUGGGCUGCGGGUCACCAGACCCUGCUGACCCUGGUCCAUGGGAAGGCCCUGACCCUCUUCUCUUACCACACCGGCCCCACCUGCAGGUACCUGCUGGACACCGCAAGACUUCGCAGCAAGGUCGACUGAACAGACCGACACAGACUCACACGGACGUAGCCUUUUUAAAUCCAAUGCCUGUUCUUACGUUGGGAUUUUCUAUCAACAUUUUUAAUGCAUCUUGUACGACUUACCUUUUUUUACUGUAAAGAAUUAGGCAUUUCAGGGUAAAUUAAACAAAGUUAUUAUGUUUGUGUUAGGGAUGGCUUACAUUGUUUGCAUGCACACAUGAUGGGAAGACUGCUGGAGUUGGUAGUAAUUGGUGUGUGGCUGGCCAUGGGAAAUUAGCUUUUUCUUUUGUCUUGGUCAGAUUUCCUGAACCUGAGUUACUCAUGUUUCUAAAAGUUACUCUUUAUUUCUAAAGUUGCCUUUUGUAGUUAUGUUCAGGAAAAUGGGGCUAGCCUACAUAUCACUGAAUUGUCAUUGUUACUGUACACCUUAAACUCUUAAUUUGUGCUUUCUAUGACAGUUGGCCCCGGUAUGGGUCAAGUUGCCAUUUUGUGUUUGUAUUUAAGAUAACGUUAUCUUUGACAUGUUUAAUCCAUUGUAAAAGCCAUCACUUUGUGAUAUUUUGUUUGUUAGAAGAGUAACGGUUGUGAUGCAUUUGUCUCUGUCAUAUCUGUGGUCACAGCCUCUGCUGACAAGGAGAAACCUGUUCCUCACAUCUUUGCUGGAUCGAGUGGUAUAAAUGAGAGGGGACAAAGAUGCAGGAGCCAUCUCUCCAUCACUGAUUUUACUAAACUGCAGAGGUGAAAGAGAAUGUAAGGGGCCUUUUUACAGACAAGUGUUUGUCCUGUUGGAUCAUUAUGGACGAGGGGAAAUUAUAGGAAGGUAUCUUGAUGUACAGUGCCUUUAAAGUAUUCAGACCCCUUGACUUUUUCCAAAUGUUAGCUUACAGCCUUAUUCUAAAAUUGAUGGGAAAAAAAACAUGUAAUACAUCUACACACAAUACCCCACAAUGACCAAGCAAAAACACGUUUUUAGAAAUUCUUGCAAAGUUAUGAAAUAAACAAAUACCUACAGUGCCUUCUGAAAGUAUUCAGAGCCCUUACAUUCAAACCAUUUACUCAGUACUUUGUUGAAGCACCUUAAGCAGUAAUUACAGCCUCAAGCCUUAAAGGGUAUAUUGCCACAAGCUAGGCACACCCGUAUUUGGGGAGUUUUUCCCCAUUCUUCUCUGCAGUUGUUUGAUCGGGUAAAAAUCUGUGCUCUGGCUGGGCCACUCAAGGACAUUCUGAGACUUGCCCUGAACCUACUCCUGUGUUGUCUUGGCGGUGUGCUUAAGGUUGUUGUCCUGUUGGAAGGUGAACCUUCGCCCCAGUCUAAGGUCCUGAGCGCUCUGGAGCAGGUUGUCAUCUGUACUUUGCUCUGUUCAUCUUUCCCUCGAUCCUGACUAGUCUCCCAGACCCUACUGCUGAAAAACAUCCCCACAGCAUGAUGCUGCCACCACCAUGCUUCACUGUAGGGAGGGUGCCAGGUUUCUUCCAGAUGUGACGCUUGGCAUUCAGGCCAAAGAGUUCAAUCUUGUUUUCAUCAGACCAGAGAAUCUGGUUUCUCUUGGUCUGAAUGUCCUUUAGGUGUCUUUUUGCAAACUCCAAGCGGGCUGUCAUGUGCCUUUUACUAAGGAGUGGCUUCCGCCUGGCCACUCUACCAUUAAAGCCUGAUUUGGUGGAGUGCUGCAGAGAUGGUUGUCCUUCUGGAAGGUUCUCCCAUCUCCACAGAGGAACUCUGGAGCUCACGGCUUGGUUUUUGCUCUGGCAUGCAGUUAAUGUGGGACCUUUUUUAUAUAGACAAGUGUGUGCCUUUCCAAAUCAUGUCCAAUGAAUUGAAUUUAUCACAGGUGGACUCCAAGUUGUAGAAACAUCUCAAGGAUGAUCAAUGGAAACAGGAUGCACCUGAGCUCAAUUUAGAGUCUCAUAGCAAAGGGUCUGAAUACUUAUGUAAAUAAGGUAUUCCUGUUUUUUUUUUAUGUGCAAAAUUUUUGCUUUGUCGUUAUGGGGUAUUUUGUAUAGAUUGCUGAGGAUUUGUAUUAUUUAACCCAUUUUAAAAUAAGGCUGUAAUGUAACAAAAUGUGGAAAAAGCCAAGGGGUCUGGAUACUUUCUGAAUGCACUAGGUUUUGGAUACAGCACAGUUGUCAAAAGGGUGAGAGGAGCGAUGUCCUGUGCCUGUUGAGAGAGGGGAUCUGAAAGGUAGAGAUGGCCUUCAGAGAUGAUUCAUUAAAGGGAUUUAGGGCUCUAUUAAAUCCGUAUUGCGGAAGUUCGGCAUUACAGCGUGAUAGAAAUGUAAAAGCAUUGUUCCUGAGUUAGCGGUAAACACUUCAUAUGUUGACUUCAGUAAUACAGAUUGAAGAGCCUUUUGAUCAUGGGGCAUAUUCAGUGGUUUGCUAUCAAGGUUGCGGAUGAAAUGUAUGUGUAACGUCAGUUCUCAAUCAAAUGCCUAUUCUAUACAUUACACUUCAAUCUACAUUCUGAGUGUUAUUUUUAAGGGGCAGCCCAAUUUCAGUCCAUAUAUCUACAUAAUCGAUCACAUACUUUGUUUAAUGUAUCUGUUUAUUGAUUACCUGCAUAGCUCUACUUCGGGACAGUCAUUGGGGACCCCUGUUUUAAGGGAAGUAUCUGUUUUCAAUACAAUUUCCUAUUCCCUAUCACUUCGAUCGAUCCCAUUUUGUAAUGAGGGAUUGUGUUCCCUUACACAUUAGAAAAACAAGGGAUAUGGUAUACUUUUGUACACUUUUCUGGGUGGAUGUGCAAUGUGUUGUAUUGACAAUAAAUGUGAUUUCUGCCCUUAAAUGGUCUUCUCAGUGAAUAGCUCAGGAACUAAUAAAUAAUUCAUUGGAUUUAUAUAGUGCUCAAAAGAGUAAGGGGGAACACCUCUACCAAUGUGUACCACCAACAAUAUUAUCCAAGCUGUAAAUAUAACCUUGUGUAUUGUGUAUUGUAUAACAUUCAAUCAAGCUCCAACUCCAUGUUGGAUUGUAAUAAAACACCCAUGACACAAAACAUACGCACACAAUUUUGUAUAUUUUCACUUGGUUUUACAUUUUUUAUUGGAUAAAUGAUUUAAAGGUAAUAAAUGUUUAACUACAUUAUCUCCACAGCCAUUGCUCACAUACCCACUGAUAACCCAUCAAUAUAUAUGAUUUUUUCCCCCACAAUUUUUUGGGGUGGGUCUUUUUUUUAAUAUGCCAUACUAUCAUAAAUGCCCAUUAAGUCUCAUCACACUAACAGCAAUUCAAUGGGGAAGGAGGAUCUAGCUCUAAAGGGAAGUCGUUUAUUUCCCAGUUCAUAUUAUUCCAUCAACAUUUUAAAGUUACUAAAGUUGAGAAAGUGAACCAAAAAUUCAAAGUCGAACAAAUAAAAGGUGGUUGUGAGGGGUUACGCCAGGCAACCCCACAUCCUGUCAUGCCACCACAGCAGAGACUGUCACUCUGCACAGCAACAUGUCUCAACUUGGUGUCUGAAAUUUUCUGAACAUAGAAAACCACAAUUAAUUUAGAAACUAGAUCCAAAAUAUUUUUUUGAAAAUAAUUAAUGUACAAAAAAGUUUUUUUUCUUAAAGUACAUUUUCUUAUAAAAGUUUUAUUCAUUUGUAGAUCAGUGCGAUUGUAUUCCAGUGCAGCUACUGGGUCCAGAGUAAAGAAAAGAGGCUUUUUCAUCUUUAAUGGCAUAAAAAAGAGAAACUCAUCUUUUAUAUAUGAAGUAUAACUGCUGGUCUU